AUGAAGUUCCAUCAGGCCGACAUCAAGUCGCAACUGACGGCAAUACUGAGAGACUCGAAGGUGCAGAAGGUAUUGCAGAAGCUCAACAAGAGUCUCGCCACCGACGACCCAGUUGCUUACAAGGAAGACGACUUCACCACCAUGAACAAUCUUUCUGAAGGUCAGAUGGUCAUCGUGCUCCAGCGCUUCGCCCGCACCAGCAACAGCUUUGGUGCUUCUUACGCCCUCACCAUCACCGAAGACCCGCGUGUGCGCGCUGAUACCGGUGGUCCCGUGGACCGCGUCCUUCGGUUCGCACAUGGUGACGAGACCUCCAAUAUGAUCUGCAUCGUGGAACACCGCACCGUGCACGACCUCCACCCGCGCUUCCGAGAGCAUGCUCAGCUUCCUCAAUACAUCACUGGCCACGCUACACUCGGCCACGAUUGUCAAGCUCUCGUUGCUUCCAAGACCAAAGCUGAAACUGCUGCCGCAGCGGCGAAGAAGACUACAGAAGAGCAAGCUGCAGCUGAGCAGAUCGCUGCUGCCUGCAAGGCCGCGAAGAAAGCAGAGAAGAAGUCGUUGAAGAAGCAGCAGCGUGAGAUGAAGCACUAUGUCCAGCUCAAGCUCGAGAAAGCGAAUACGCCGCAAGUUCCACCUCAUGCGCGCAAGGGCUCUACCGCGGAGCAGAAGCACGCGCUCGCGACUACGUCAAAUCUCUCACCAUACCUCAAGGAGUAUGCAGAGUCUGCCGCCGCGUAUGCUCAGAAGCAGACCGAAGGCAUUGUUGGAGAUACAGAAUGCCCCGAGUAUCAUCCUCCCACUUUUGAUGAUGACUCGCCAUCUUCCAGCGGUCCCGAGUCGUCUACUUCCGACACCACUGACUCUUCAGAUUACGAUGACGAGGGAUCAUCCUCUGAUUCCAGUUCGAGCUCCGACGACGACGAAGCAGGUGAGCGAAUGGCACGCGAGCAAGGUAUCGAGCAUGCAAAUCCCGUCGAUGCCGAUGCCCAGCUCAUCCGCUUGCGAACUGACCACCGCAAGAGCUUGGGCAUCGCAAAGAAACACAUCCUCCCGGUUCAGAUACUGUCGACGACAUCCGGCAAGCACGUCCCAGCUGCGAUGAAGCAAGGUAGAAAGUGGAACGGGUCAAACAUCGAUCUCUCACUCAGCAGUCCCGCUCUGAGUCACUCUCUGAGGCUCACAUUCACCACCGACCGCAACCGCGACGAGGCAGCAAUAUCGGCGUUUGUGGACUUCCCGUUCGCCACCAUCAACCAUCCCAUCGAGACCAGCGACGGGAGCUUCGAGACUAUCCAAGAUUGGAGCCUCCGACUUCAAUCUCCACCCAUGCACAUCAGCUUCCUCUUCCUCUUCGUCGCUGUCAUCUUCCUCCUCGACGCUGGUCACCUCUUGAUCAAUUAUUGCGGCCUCGCAUUCUACUCCAACGUUCCCUUCCUUUCCCUAUCGAUUCUUGCGGUUCCGCAUGCAUUCUCGACUGAGGCUGCGAAAGGCAUCAUGGCGAACGCUUCGCAGAAUUCCUGA